UAACAACUAGUUUCGUUUCAUACGACGGGAGUAAUAGUGUGGCUAAUUCUAGUGCGCCAAAGAGCCGUUCAGCCUCAAAUUGAUUUGCAGUCUAGUGUUUUGUAUUCUAAAAGUUGCUUGAAUUUAAUUAUCAUACAAAAUGUACAAAUUCGUUUUCGUGGUCAUCGUGGCUUUGGCAGCGUUUCAAGUCCAGCAGAAUGAGGCGUUUAUUAUUUUGUCCAAAAGCAUUAAUGCUGUCCCGGCCGCUGCUGCCAGCUCAGUCGCCGCACCGGCUAUUGAUGCAAAUGCCCUUCUCCAGGGUGUAACCAGUGCGGUGACAGCAAAACUUCAGGCCGUUAACCAGGUGGUUGGCAAUUUGGUGCAGGCGAAGGCCAACUUCAAGCAGAGUUUACUUAGCGCCCUCCCCAAACCGGCUUACGUCACUAAAACUAUUCGCAUACCAAUUUUGGUGAAAACUUGGGGUACCACUACAGCAGCAGCUACUCCGGAGCCCGCAGCAACUACGACUGUCCAAUCGGCCGGUUAUGCGUAUAGACACAGACACCGAUAGUUAGUUGGAGGGGAAAAGAUAGGCAAAGAGGAAUACAAAUAUUAUAUCAUACAUAUAAAUAUUUAAGUUAAGCUGAGACAUUGUGUGCUAUAUGGUACAUGAAAAUUAAUUUUUAAGAAGUUACGAAUGAAUAUACGAUUAUCUUUGUAUAAAUAUUAA